UUGAGAAAGCAGAGGGGAUUGGAAGGCUGGGCGUAUAAAGCCGCGCAGAGAGCGUGAAACAAAGCAGACGGAUUGGAAUUGGACUUGGGAGGAGAGGCGCAGAGUCAGGCAGAAAACUUGUUGGAGGGGAGUUAAGAGCCGCUGCCUCUCCUCCAUUGCGCUGCGCUUAAGGGGUUCCCACCGGCCUUGCGAUUUAUUUUUUUAUCUGCUUUUUAUAGAGAGAAGUAUAUAUAUAUUUUUCUUCUAAAGAGAAAAUUCCUGUUCCAAGAGAAAAUAAGGCAACAUCAAUGAAGGAGAGAAGAGCCAGCCAGAAAUUAUCCAGUAAAUCUAUCAUGGAUCCUAAUCAGAACGUGAAAUGCAAGAUAGUAGUAGUGGGCGACAGCCAGUGUGGGAAAACAGCGCUGCUUCACGUCUUCGCAAAGGACUGCUUCCCCGAAAAUUACGUCCCUACGGUGUUUGAGAAUUACACGGCCAGUUUUGAAAUCGACACACAAAGAAUAGAGUUGAGCCUGUGGGACACUUCAGGUUCUCCUUACUAUGACAACGUCCGUCCCCUCUCUUACCCGGAUUCUGAUGCUGUGCUCAUUUGCUUCGACAUCAGUAGACCAGAGACCCUGGACAGUGUCUUAAAAAAGUGGAAAGGUGAAAUCCAGGAGUUCUGUCCCAAUACCAAGAUGCUUUUGGUUGGUUGUAAGUCUGAUCUGCGGACAGAUGUCAGUACAUUAGUGGAGCUCUCAAAUCACAGGCAGACCCCUGUGUCAUAUGAUCAGGGGGCAAAUAUGGCCAAGCAGAUCGGGGCAGCCACUUACAUUGAAUGCUCAGCUUUACAGUCAGAAAACAGCGUCAGAGACAUUUUUCACGUCGCCACCUUGGCGUGUGUAAAUAAGACAAAUAAAAACGUUAAGCGGAACAAAUCACAGAGGGCCACAAAGCGGAUUUCACACAUGCCUAGCAGACCAGAACUCUCAGCUGUUGCUACGGACUUGCGAAAGGACAAAGCGAAGAGCUGCACUGUGAUGUGAAGCUUCGCUGUCUUUAACGAGGACACGGGAAUCUAGUGUAAAAAAAUAAAAAGAGAGAGUAAAAAACAAGAGCAGAAGGAAAUGAUAGAGUCAAAUGAAGUGCGCAGCCAAAGUCACAUGGACACAGGCCUGGGAGGCCCUUGAACGGAUACCCAGUUCUUGGAAUCCUGUCCUUAGGUUGGGCAUGUAGACCGAAUGGUGAGAAGUGAAUCCAUGGAAGAGUUUGGAAGUGUGACUUGAAAAAUAUGCCAAAAACAAAGGGAGCUAUAAAUGGGCUAUAGAGCUAGAGUAAGAGGAACGCCGGUCCCUCCGAGAAGAACGUCCAUGCUCUGAAUGGUGCUUGCCUAUUUUCGGUUUUGUUUUUGUGUUCUUGUUACAACCUAUUCAUGGAUCUCUACUUUGAUUUAAUUUUUCGAUAUUUUAAUCUCAUUUUCAAAAAAGUAUAUAUUAGUAUACCGUCCUCGUUGGGGAACUCGCACUGUGACCUUAGUGUUUAGUUUUCUAGGGGAUGUGAUCUAAUUUCCUCCUAGCUCAUCAUUAAAAUGGAAAUUGUAUCGGGACCCGUGGGAUUUGAGAGGGAAACUUCACGAGGCUUUGAAAUCUUGACUUCCUGAAGGUCGCUGCUGAGCGAGAUGGUUUGAAAGCGAGGCGUCUGCGGCCUUACCAGAUGCGUAGACCAGCACUGCCGAGAUUGCAUAGAUCAAAUAGAAAAGAGUGUUGUUUUAUAUUCUGUCUGAUGCUUUCGUUCAUCCUUGUGAUUGUCAUUAACAAGUGGUAAAUUGCUCAAUGUAAUACUUUGUGCGCUGUUUAGAGAAGAGAGUGUGUGGUUUUGUUUUUUCCUUUGGCCAUCGUUGAUAAAAACUCGAAGUCAAUAAAAGGUGUCUUGGUUUGAUGUGA